AUGGCAGACGACAUUCUUUACAGAAAGUCAUUCAUGGGACCGUUACUUAGAUGCGUUGACAAGACAGACGCACAAUACCUGAUCAGAGAAAUCCAUGAAGGCUUGUGUGGAAUACAUGCUAGUCCGCCAUGCCAACGCCACGCGCCAAAGACGCUACGACCAAAAAAUCCGCUAGUACCAGUCACAUCUGCUUGGCCAUUUCAACAAUGGGGCAUCGAUCUUGUUGGCCCAUUUCCUGAUGCGCCAGGCGCAAUAAAAUUCAUCAUCAUUGCGGUCGAUUACUUCACCAAAUGGGUGGAAGCCAAAGCUUUGGCCUCAACCACAGCAAUGGUAAUCCACAAAUUUAUAUGGGAACAUAUUAUUUGCAGGUUUGGAUUACCAUUGUGUAUCAUCUCGGACAAUGGCACAAACUUUGCCUCAGAAGAUCUUCAAAAAUGGUUCAAAGAGAUGAAGAUCGAGCAUAAUUUCGCCUCCGUCGCGCAUCCACAAGCGAACGGUCAAGUAGAAAGUAUAAACAAGCAGAUCGUUGACGGCAUAAAAGCGAGACUUGGAACAGCGCGUAGGGGAUGCGUCGACGAACUCCCCAGCAUCCUAUGGGCACACCGUACAAUGCCAAAGACUAGCACGGGAGAAACCCCGUUUAGCCUGGUUUACGGCUCAGAAGCGGUAAUUCCAGCCGAGGUUGGUCUUCCGUCACCACGCAUGAUAGCCAUGGAAAGGCAGAAUAAUGAGCAAGAGCGAAGAAUGGACUUAGACCUUCUUGAAGAACGGCGCGAAAACGCCGCCAUCACUGAAGCGAGGUACAAGUCCAAACUCGAAAAAUAUUAUAAUGCGCGCGUACGCGUAUGCACUUUUGUUCCCGGGGAUUUCGUCUUACGCGACAAUGAAGCAUCAAAUGCGGAGAAACCGGGCAAAUUGGCCCCAAGGUUGGAAGGACCAUAUGUCAUCAACGAAGUCCUAGGCAAGGGGGCAUAUACCCUUAAGAGAAUUGACGGGACUCUAGUGCCCCGCACCUGGAACGCGCAGCAGCUGCGCAGGUGUUACAUGUAG